AUGCCGCAGGCUCAGGCGAACACUUUUGGACCCGUGGACUACGUGGUGUUUGCAGGGACUUUGGUUGUCUCUGCCAGCAUAGGUAUAUACCAGGCGUUCACCGGCGGACGUCAGAGAACGACCACCGAAUUUUUGAUGGCCAACAGACAGAUGGGGGCAAUACCCGCAGCCAUGUCUUUGCUGGCCAGUUUCAUGUCUGCUAUAACGUUGCUAGGGACCCCGAAAGAGAUGUACGUAUAUGGAACGCAGUACCUGUGGAUAGCCUUUGGCUACUUAUUGGUCAUCCCCGUGGCCGCGCACGUCUUUCUCCCCAUAUUUUUCCGCCUAAAGAUUACCAGCGCAUAUGAGUAUCUCGAAAUGCGCUUCAACAAAGCGGUGCGUGUAGCCGGAUCACUAACGUUCAGCCUGCAGAUGAUUCUUUACAUGGCGAUAGUUCUGUAUGCACCUUCCUUGGCGUUAGAACAAGUGACCGGUCUAAACCGCUGGAUUGCUGUCUGUUCAGUUGGCGUCGUCUGUGUUUUCUACACCAGCAUUGGUGGUAUGAAAGCAGUCAUGUGGACAGAUACAUUCCAAGUCUUCAUGAUGGUGGCCGGAAUGCUCGCUGUAGUCAUUCAGGGAUCCUUGGAAUUAGGUGGAUUCCGGAACGCUUGGGAAAUUAACAUAAAAGGAGACCGAAUAAACUUCCUUGACUUCAACCCCGACCCACGUGAGCGGCAUACAGUUUGGACGUGUGUGUUUGGCGGGUUCUUUACCUGGCUGUCUGUGUACGGUGUUAACCAGGCUCAGGUACAGAGAGCUCUCACAGUGGUCGAUCUCAGGAGAGCACAGAUAGCCAUGUGGAUAAACGUGCCAGGUUUGAUCGCCAUUCUGAUUAUCAGUGCCAUGUCCGGUAUCCUGAUCUAUGCCCACUACUUCGACUGUGACCCAAUGACAAAUAAAGACAUCACCAACCAGGAUCAGCUGCUGCCCCUAUUCGUAAUGGACAAGCUAGCCUUCGUACCUGGUUUACCUGGCCUCUUUACUGCCUGCCUCUUCAGCGGAGCGCUCAGCACCCUAUCGUCCGGACUGAACAGCCUGGCCACGGUCUGGACACGUGAUCUGUUCCAGGAAUUCUGCUGUAAAGAGAUGCCUGACAGUAGGGCGACUUUUACGUCUAAGAUUAUGUCUGUUGUAUUCGGUUGUAUAGUAAUUGGUUUGACGUUUGUAGCGUCCCAAUUAGGAGGUGUGCUGCAGGCAGCUCUUGCAUUGUUUGGUAUGAUCGGUGGUCCUCUACUAGGAGUUUUCACGCUAGGAGUUCUUUUCCCUUGGGCUAACUGGAAGGGUGCGAUAGCCGGCCUUGUCACCAGUCUUCUCUUCACUUUCUGGAUCGGCAUCGGCGCCCAGAUUUACAAACCCGCCGUCUGGAAAGCACCUGUAUCCAUUGAAGGUUGUAAUCCGCUGAAUGAAACCUUGACUAAUGUUACUACUAGUACAGCUAUUGCCAGUUCUGUUGCCUUUAUACCGACGGCGGCACCUUAUAAUCCUCCGUUGAACGGCCUCUACAACUUGUCGUACCUGUGGUACAGUGGCUUUGCAGUUCUAGUGGAGGUUUUGGUAGGAAUGGCAGUCAGCGCUGUCACAGGGUUUACCGAUACCUCUAAGUUAGACUACAGGCUGAUAUGUCCAAUACUUGACGUAAUGUUUUGCUGCUUUCCACAAUCAUUUCGUCAAACGCUUCGCUGUGGAGUAGACCAUGAUAUAAACAGACUACACUACUGCUGUGUAUGUAAAGACGUGGACAAAGAAGACAUCCAAAAUGAAACUAUUACCGCUACCGAACUCGGUGAAAUCAAAGAUGGCGAUGUUAUAGUAGGAUUGCUUAACGAUAGCGUUGAACAGCAGAUGAAAUAG